CUUCAAAGACUGCCCAUCCAACGUCAGACGGAUAGAAAAGUAUCCAAGGAGCAACAGCAAAGCGUUUACAGAGUUGGUUUGAGAGGUCUUAAUCCCAGAUACAGAGCGGUCGACCCCACCCAAUUUAACAACUAUCCAGCAUGGCCACAGCGAGUACCUCAGGGCAAAGCUCAUUCGGACUGAGCAGGAGGAAGAAGGCCCCUGGCCUGAUGGAUCAGAUUAGCAUGUUCUUUGGAGGCGACAAAAAGAAAAGGGGCAAGGUGAGCAUCUGGGGUUACCAGCUGUCAUGACCAAUGGCUUCACCAAGACUAUUCCAGUCUAUAGAGUUCUAACAUGACGAUGGUAAGGAUAGAUCUGUCCAGUUUUUGUGUUGAAAUCUGCAGUCGAGAGAGAUUCUUUGAAAAAAGGUGAUUUAUUUAUUGUGCAGCGCUAAAAUACUUGUAGAGCUAGAAUAUCUGAUGUAAUAAUCUCAGAUAAUUGGUCAUUUAAUUUUUAUUCUAGAUCUACCCAAAAUAUCAAAUGGACUACUUGCUGUGCAGAUUGUUUGGCAUUGUUUCUCCAUGUUGAGGAUUUUUUUGGGGGGAAAGGAAUAGCUAUAGAACCACUAAAGAUAACAGGGAUUCUCGUUGAUAAACAGGAAUACACAUUUAAUUUAUUUGCUGACAAUCUCUUAAAGAGAUUCUCUGGUACUUUUGUAUACUUUUUGGCCAGUAGUUCCGAAAGUAGUGCUCAUGAGCCAAAAGUGGUCCCCGAAAAUGGCGUACUACGUCACAUUUGUGCACCAUGUCAUUGCUCUCUCUCUUGCUCUGCUGUGUGUGCAUCUUGCUAGCUAUCACUCAAAUGGCGACGGGCUAAAGCUCAUUGGCUGGAACUCUAAUUGCUAGGGGGGCUGGCCCACAUGGGGGAAAUUGGAGGGAAAAUGGUGCCGCACACCUCCCAGUAAACAGUCGCUUUCAAACUAGGAAUUUUGUGGCUAAUUGAGGUAAGACCGUAAUUCUGCUCAUAGAUUAUGCAUGUAUGAACUACACAUUGACACAUUCAGCCCAAAGCGGGAGGUUUAAAAAAUGAUUUACUAGUUGUCAAAGUUCCGAGGCAUGUCUUUAAUGUUUUUCACCAACAUUGAAAAAUGUAUACCUUACCUUAUAUUUGCAUUUCGAGUUCCUCUAAUUAUUGCAAUAGUCAGAAACAAAUCGAGUACUUUCCAGGACAUAGGCAUGUCUUAUAUGGGCAGAAAGCUUAAGUUAUUGUUAAUCUAACUGCACUGUCUGAUUUACAUUAGCUAUUACAUUGAAAAAAUACCAUGCUAUUGUUUGAGGAGAGUGCACAACAACAAAAAACGUAUCACGGCAACUGGUUUGAUACAUUCACCUCUGAAGGUAAAUAAUGUACUUACAUUCAGUAAUCUUGCUCUGAUGUGUCAUCCUAAGGGUCCCAGAGAUAAAAUGUAGCAUAGUUUUGUUUGAUAAAAUCCAUUUUUAUACUCAAAUGUAGGAACUGGGUUCUACAGUUUGAACCACUGCUGUCUCUGGCUCUACACCCACCCUGCCCGGCCAUCUAGAUGUGUGAAAGUUAGUGUAUAAGCUAAUGAUCCAUCAUGUAUGACAUUCCUGGUAGUGUGUAAACGUACAUUUUGUAUUACCAUAUCAUUUUUGUAUGUUCUUUAUAGUUAUGUACUUGAAAAUAUAUAAAUUGACCAAUUCGGCACAUUUAGACAGACUUGAUACAAAAUAGUCCAGUAUUGCAAUGCAUCACUGGAUCAAUCUGAAACUUUGCACACACAGUGAUGCCAUCUAGUGGCCAAAAUCUAAACUGCAUCUAAACUGCAAUAUUAUAUUGUGGCCUUUCUCUUACAUUUACAUUUUAGUCAUUUAGCAGACACUCUUAUCCAGAGCGACUUACAGUUAGUGAGUGCAUACAUUAUUAUUAUUUAUUUUAUAUAUAUAUAUUUUAUACUGGCAUUUAUACUGGGGCAUUUCAAAGAUGAUGGAACCAAAAAACUAAUAGAAAACGCAUGUUUUUUUGUUUGUAUUAUCUUUUACCAGAUCUAAUGUGUUAUAUUCUCCUACAUUAAUUUCACAUUUCCACAAACUUCAAAGUGUUUCCUUUCAAAUGGUAUCAAGAAUAUGCAUAUCCUUGCUUCAGGUCCUGAGCUACAGGCAGUUAGAUUUGGGUAUGUCAUUUUAGGUGAACAUUUAAAAAAAGGGUCAGAUCCUUAAGAGGUUAAUUUAAUUUCUAAUUCCCUUGAGCAAACCAUGUAAAAAACAUUAACUCUGUGAACUAGGAUGCAUAACAUUACGAAGAAAUACAGAGCAUAGUAUCUGUUCAGAAAGUCACCUCAAGUUGAAAAUGAAUUUAAAAUACAUAGAGUACAUACUGUAUAAAGACGUUUAUGGAUUAGGUUAACAUGUACUCAUAGCCAUUUAAUUGUGCCUGCUUGUCCAACGUUAGCAGUGAGACGUAGGUGUGUUUUUGACUAUUGUUUAUACCUUUAGGGGUCCUUCCGGGGUCAAGCCACCUCCCCCAAGCCAGCCCCUCGACGUCGGGCUAAUGAGAAUGCCGUAAUGCAUUUCUUCAGGAGCUUGAGCGUGAGUAUCUUCGAUUGACUACCUCAGUGCAAUGUUAUAUAUUAUAACAUGUAUUGUAUUAGUUUUAAAUAAACUAAUUGUAAAGUUGAAAAGGUUGUGAAAUAAAUAUAUUGAACUUAUUCUUACACACUCUUACACAAUAUGUUUUGUUGUCAAAGAAUUAUAAACUAGUUUAAUUCUCAAUGGUAUUUAUCUUACCUGAAGCAUUGUAGAGAUCUUGGAGAAAAUGUAUUACCUGAAGUUACAUCUGCUUUGGUCAAUGGUGAUUGUUUGAUACAGGUAGGGCAUGAACAAACUUGCCAUACAGUUGGAACAAUAUUUACUUGUAGCUGUAAAUAAGCGGUUAUUUAUUUUCUUUGAGUUUUGUAGUGCAUACAGUAUUCAUCUUCACCCAUUCAUGUUCAUAUUUCUAUUGAUGAGAAAAUAUACUGCUCAGAGAAUAAUGUAGCUUUGAGCAGUAUGUUCUCUCAUCAAUAUAAAUGUAAACUUGGACAAAGUUAUUUUUCACCCAUUGAAGAUUUGGUUUAAUUAUUCAUAAUCUAGACAGACCAGAUGUUUUGCCCAGCUCUGGUCCUCAUUAGGAGACAUAUUCACAAGAUAUUGGGUAGAGUAGUUAUCUAGUACAAGUCUGUGUCUCUAGGUCUACACCACUGCUUCAAACUUUCAAUAGUACUGUUUUUUAUUAAACUCUCUGGUGUUGCAAAGGGUUUUCCCCAUUAGCCAAUGUCCUUAUGUUUCCAUUUUUUAACUCAUAGAAUAGGACCUUAUCAUUUGUUGUGUUCUGUAUCCUCAGCAGACAUCCUCUCCCCGUCCCAAGUCCAGGGUGAGUUCCAUUACUUCCUUUAUUUUUAUUUUUUAUUUACUGUGGUAAUUAUCUUUAAAACGUUCCUUGCUUUUUACAGUGCAUGACUUGCAUCUCUUCAUGGGCCUGUGCAAGUUGGGUAGCUAGUACAGUAGGCCUAUGUUUUCAAUUGUCAUAGUAACAGGCGCUGCUCCAGUAGGCCUUCAUGAAUUUUCCUGAUCCUCUCUUUUUCUUCCAUGUCUAGUGGAGGGAGGUCUUGGGCUUGGUAGGUCAUUCAAACUCAACCCUAAACUCAAACCUAGCCCUGUGUGUGAUAAUGACAUCUCAAUGUCUCCCUCUGUCUGAAUACUUUCUCUAAUGUCCUUCUGUGAGCGUUUUGAUGUUGUUCUUCCCUCUUAUUUAACUUUUACUCUCCCAACUUUGCAUCUUCCUUCCCUUGUGUGAUUCUCCAAGACAGUUAACAUCCAAAAGAAAAUAUAUAUUUUUCUUAGAUAGCCUAAGUACAAACGUUGUUUACCUUACUAUUCUUACUCAGAUGGAAAAUGUCAAAUGCGUGAAUCAACGUCAAACACAGUUUUCCUCACAAUGGAAUUAUUCAUGGCAAAGUAGUUGCUGAUGAAAAGCUCAAGUGCAGCUUAGACUGUGGUGCCAUUACAUCUCAUGAUUUCUGUUUUUCUGACAUUUUAACUUAGAGUCACUGCUUCUGGAUGACUUUGACACUGCUCAACUAUUUCUGAACCGCAACCGGUAAAGACACUCUCUCAGGGACCCCUAUAUACAACAGUUCCCGCCUUCCUUUACACCUUUCCUUUCCAUACCAGUCUGUGAGACUCUUUCAUCUCUGCCUCAUUCUCUGUUCAUGGUGACUCACUAAUCUUCCUGCAUUAGUGUGUUUCUUCAUUAAACUCCUCUGUGUCCACAGAGCUGUCCAGUGUGUAAGAAUUGACAUGUGCUCCUCACCAGUUCUCUGUGUUAUGUGUGCUCUGAAGUAAUGCAUGCCUUUGUCUUCCAUCUUUUUACCCCCUAAAGGUUGCUGUAAUGCUGGUCAUUCCUCAUUUAUCUCUCUUCCUGUUUCAUUCAUACCAUUAUUUUACAGUAACAGACCACUGAAUGAAGUCAAUUGAUUUUGACAGCAACAUGACAUUUCUGGGUUUAAUGCAAUAGAGCAUUGUAGUAAUGUAACAUUUAUACCCAUUGUAUUUAUCAAAAUAUAUUCAAACUCAAUAUAACUACUAGUUCAACACCGCUCCCUACUUCAUCCAAUGAGAGCUGAGCACUGAUUUAUACCCAGGUCCAGCCAUGUUCCAUGUGUUUAUAAAGCAUCUUGUUCUAGGCCUCGCCACCGCAUGCUGAUGCCACAAAGUCAUCUUACAGACGCCGCAGAGACCAAGGAACACUGUCCAAAAUCUUCAACCUGGUGAGACGUCCUGAUGUUUGUGUCCCAAGUUUAUCUUGUCGCUACACAGUUACACUGUCUAAAGAGUGCACCUGAUAAACAUUGUUUCUUGUUUGUGUUUACCUCUCAAAACAACAGUGGUGAUAUUAUCAAAGUGAGUAAAUUAGCCAAAUUAGUAACCUAGCCAUAUCCAUCCUGAAUCAUCAUUCAUUUAUACAUAAAAUCUCAAAAAACUGAACUAAUAUGCGCAUUAAUUAAAUGGACAAAAUUAUAUAUUUUUAACUUGACUGGUUGGGCUCCACUUUAUAAUGUACAGUAUGUUCCUAUAUAUUUACAUAGUUACAAUGUAGGUACACAUUGUUAUAAACAGGUAUAACAGUAAGCAAACAGGUAAUUACACUGUACCUGGCUAUGUAACUUUCAUGUAAAUGCAUAGGUAUUAGGGAAAUUAAUUGUAAAGUGGAGGGUGUCUUUUGUUAUCAAUGCUUUUUCAGUUUAAUCUCUAUUGCACAACUCAUUUUUAUUGAUGGUAUUAUUUAUUGAUGUCUUUAUACCUACCUCAACCCUCUUUCCUGAGAGUAUGUACUAACUUUCAAUCCCUGAAAAUGUGACUUGACAAUCAUAUAAAUACAAAUAACAAUUUAAAUCCCAAUCUUCUCAUAGAAAAUCAAAUUUCCAUCGAAUAGAGACACUUGUCCAACCAUGACAAGCACUUUUAAAGCUCUGUAUUUCCUUUUUUGUUUGUAUAGAAUUUAAUAAUUCAGAUAUCAAUCUAAUGUAUUACUUCUGCUUCCCUCUGUUUACAGGAGACAAAGUCCCGCCUUCCCCCCAAACGCUGGAGCACCAUCUUCUGAGCUCUCCUUAGAUGAGAAAACCAUGGAAAAGGAUGAAGAGGAGAAAGAUCUCCAUUUGACAGACUCACAACAACCCUUGACAACGUUAACACACUAACACCAGUAAGUCUCCUUUGUUUGUAGAUAGUGACACAAUCUUGGCACCUAAUAUUUAGCCUGCUGGGAUGAAAAUGUGCAGUCAUUGAGGGUGGGAGCUGUUGAGUGUGUCAAUAGCCUUAUAAUCUGAGUUUUAAGGGAAAGUUCUCCUUUAGAUUUUUGGAAAUGCUACAAAAUGAUUCUACUCUAACAUUUGGCUCAAUGGGCUAUUCGCCACACCCUAGCACCCUGUUCUGAUGACGCUAGUGUAUGCUAUCAAUGGAUUGUUCAUGUUGUGUUUUUCUAUUUGUCUCUAUUUGUCUGCAUGUUGUACAUGGAUGAUCUAUUGUACACAUAGAAAAAUGCUUUAUAUUCCCCCUUGUUGUUUUUAGGAACUCAAACACACGACUGUUUCGUUUUUUGUAUGUCGCCAUUUAUGUGAAAUCUAGUCUAAGAAAGUGUUUGUGGGUCUUGUUAUGCAUGCAAUAGUCAAAAUUGUCUUGUGAAAAGUAUGUCAUGAAUGCAGUGCUUGUGUAUUUGAAAAUGUAAUGGGAAAACUACCUGUAAAAAUGAUAAACUAACAUUAUGUAAUACUCUAUUGUAGUAUAACAAUUCCAUUUGAUUUGUUUAGUCAUAUUACAAAAGUAUUGUUUUAUUUAGGCACUUAAAUCAUCAACGUAUAGUGUUAUGGUGUCCAAACCUAUUAAAACAACAAUAAUUAAAACAAAUGCCCUUACAAACUGCACUGUUAAACUUUGCGUAUAUAUUUCAAAACUGUUUGAGAGGAUUUAACAUAUUUUCUGACUAAUCUUUAAAUUUGUAGUUUCAAUGCUUUUAAUUUAUUUCUGAAAGUGGUUAAUUGGAAGUUAGCUUUUUGAGUAAAAGAGAUGGUGAAAUGGGAAGUUGUUAAGAGGUCUGAUAAAUCUGCAGAGUAAAAGAGCGGGUGAGAGCAUUUAGUUUAGCAAAUUCUCUCUCAAACAAUUGUAUUAUGUGCUUGAUUAAUUUGUCACUUCCCUCGUGUGCGCAUAUCUGUCUGUUCACUGUAUGAGUGUUAAAUAAAAAAUACGAUUAAAACUUUAUAAAAUCAUACAUUUUUCUGAGGGUGCUCAAUAACAUACACUUGGUGCUAAAGGUGAAGAAACCGAUUGAAAACCAGAGUAAUGUGUUUCUUGUAAAAUGUUCUUUGAAAUAAAGAUUUUUAAAUGGCCAACAAGUUCUCAGAAUCAUAC